GGGAGUGGUGGAGGAGGAGGAGGAGGAGGAUGAUGCCGGAUAAGUUACCGUGGUCAAUGAUGGAGCCGAAGUUACCAGCCACGUCAUGGGGGGACAUGGCAAGGCGGAGAGGUCUGAAGGAAAUGAGGUCAUGAGCACGGGCAUGGAUAUGCUCCGCCUUCCAGCAGCUCUCUAUUCCUCAGUCUCUCUCUCUCGCUGGGUGUGUGUGUGUCUCUGUGCGAGCAAGGCCAGCCUCCGCUGAUCGGUGCUUUCAUGGCCCAAUAUUCGCGUCAUUGCUCCGCUUUUCUACGCUUCCUCGCUCCCUCUCCAUCCUGCAAGAAUCCAUGACUGUCUUGCUUGCACGGAAACUUGUGAACUCGGCGUGCAAUUUGCUCUUGAUUUGACCAAGAACCAACAGUCGACAUGGCAUCAUGGGCUAGUGGAGGACGUCUACACUUGCAUCUUCUUCAGGAACUCUUGUAAUUUAUUUUGGAAUGGAAUGCAGGAUCACGAAAUGCUGUUUCAGUGUUGAUAUUGCGCAUGUACUUGAUUCCGCGGUCUGGCCUGCAAACCCACUGAUUAUGGAUGCAUAAACAUAUUAUUUGAGAGGUUUUUGUUUCUGGAAAGUGCUUGUUGCACACAGUUGUCCACUGGGAUGAAAAUGACCAGGAAUUCCCUCGAACGUGCAACUUUCUGUAAACAAUCUGCGGACGAAUUUACAAGUAGUGGAUUUUAGCACUAGAGAUGUAAAUAGAAUGGUGAGUGGCGUGGAUUGACGGCUGUUAUGAAUCUCAAACUUAUUGGUUAGCCGGUUCACGAUGAAGACAGACCUCGAGGGGCUCAGGCCUUGUGCGUCAUUUACGGAGACUUGCGUCGAGUCUCAUGGCGCUCAAUGUCAAUUGAAUGAGGAUCAGUCGGUGGGAGCCCCUUCUUUUCUCAAGAUGAUUCGUGACAAGCAUUUGCCCAACAAUGCAGGAUUUGUUCGACUACCGAGCUCGUUUAUGGAACAGCAUGGCCCUAGGAUUGGGAAUGUGGUGACUCUGAAGGGUCCUAGUGGCUGGGUUGGACAGGCGUCUGUUUCCAAUGACGAAGGAUUUGCGUUUUGUGGCGGAUGGAAGCAGUUCGUUGUUCACCACAAUAUUGGUGCAGGCGACUAUGUAGUGUGUACCCUCAUUGCUGACUCGAAGUUCUCUGUUAAAAUCUACAACAAGUUUGGCUGCGAGAAGGAUCAUCCUUCUCAUGCACUCACACCUGAGGGACCCAAAGUGCAUCUUUCGAUUUUCAAACCCUCGGAGGGAGGUCGUGAGUUUUCUCUAACAAAUCUCGGAGGUAAACGUAAAACUUUAGAUGAGGUGAAAUCUCUUUCUGGUAUUGGAAAGAAGUUGUGUAUGCAGCAGCUUGGCCUUGAGAGGUCGAUAGUUGAAGAGGGGAAUGCCGAGAUCGAGACGAAGCUACAUAUUGCAUCUGAGUUUAAGUCUGACCACGAUCCUGAUCCACAACAGAGUGUAGAUACGGUUAGAGCUUCCACACCUGUACAGGUAGGGCCUUUAUCAGAAGACUAUUCCAGCUCAGAGUCGGAGAAAAGAAAUGUGGAAAUGGAGGAGAUCGAUGAUAUCGAUGAUUGUAACAAAGCGAUUGUAAGAAAGCGGGCUCAUCGAGCAGUUUAUGAAACCGAGAUGCGGAGGUUUAUGGCUAUGGAAGCUGCACAGGCAUAUGAGACGGCUAACCCAAGAACGAUGCUUGUAGUGAACAAAACGGCGAUUACCAAAAGUCAAUCGUACUUUUCUUCUGUAUUCGCUCGGAAGUGGUUUCCAGAGGAGAGAGCACAAUUGCUCUUAAUUGACGACGCUGACAAUAAAUGGGCUGUUACGUUUAUUCCUACUGCAUCGCACAUGGUUCUAGGUGCUGGAUGGGCAAAAUUUGUGCGUGAUAAUAAGCUUGAAAAAGGAGACGUUGUUGUUUUUGAGCUCAAGAACCCAAACACUCUUACUCUUACGGUUCAUAUCUUCCGCGUCAAGGAUUAUACCUUUGUCAGAGUAGCUAAUCUCGGCAGGACCAAACAUCCUGACAGUAGCAUGGUCUCCACCCCUUCUAAGACUGACAACCUUUCUGGUAAUGCACGAGUGAAGCACACAGCUGAAAGUCGAGAAGAUAACCAAUCUCCAGGUACAAGUGAUAUAACUGAGCUAAAAUCACAAUCUCCGAUGGCACCUCAGUACGCUGCUGUUGCAAAGUAUUUUGCCAAUCGAGCCUCACCAUCCAUAUAUGGCAAUCAGAAAGUCUGUGAUGGCGUAGUGCAAGAGAGUGAACCGCAGAAAGCAAACGAAACCAACAGCACGGCAGAGGAAUGUGGAAUUAUACGACAUAUUGGAGAGUCAUUCACAAUAUCAAAGCAAGGACUGCAUUUUCUGAUGCCAGGAUCACAGUCUAGGGAGAGAGAGGAGACAUUGGUGGAGUUGAAUGAUAAGAUUAGUGCUUACUCAACGCAGAAAAAUCUUCAAACAGCAGCACCUUUCACUGCAUUGCCAAGCGGAAUCAGUGAAAUUCAAUGUUUCUACUCUCCUGCAACGCACUCCCCACAACAGCUACAGUCAUUGUUAGCCCAGCAGGAGCAGAUAGCUGAUGGUAUGCCUGCACAUUUAGGUGGGACUGUGUUCUUGGCUCCUCAAGGUCAAAAACCAUGUUCGACGCAAGUGCAAGACAGGACAACUAUUAUGAACUUGCAGCCAAAUCAACCUCUUGAAACUUCGCAACUGGACGAAAGCCAUACUGGAGUUACUGUUCCUCCUGGAUUACCGAAAGAAGUGGAAUUUCCCAGAAUAAUGAAGGACGAUCCACCUGCAAGACCUAGGGAAAGGUGGGAAAUUAAACCUCGACGACCUCGGCCACCAACAGAUGCUGAGAGACAGAGGGCAAUGGAUGAAGCAUCUGAAUUCUGGACACCCAAUCCUCAUGUUAUGGUUGUCUUGAAGCCUUCACAGGUCUAUGCGGGGUUUUCACUGACAUUAAGAUGCGCGGCCUUGCCUGAUGAAACAAGAGAUGCGACUUUGGUAGACUCAACCGGCCAAACUUGGAUGUGCAAGUGGCUUGUAAACCAUUCGGGGAGGCGGCUGAGCGCUGGUUGGAAAAGAUUUGCAGUCGAUCACCUUUUAGAAGAAGGAGAUGUCUGCGUAUUUGAGAUGAUUGAUCGUAUAAACCUUACGCUGUUGAUAAACAUUUUUAGGAUUGAGUUGGAUGAUCAUAUCUCAGAGCCAAUAGAAAUACGAAAAAGCGUGGAAUUGCGAAGACCUCCUGCAGAUCCCACAAAGAGAAAACGAAAGAGUAGAGCAAAACCAAAGGGAUUGGGACCUCCUGUACCCAAGUUGCCUGCAUAUAGUGGUUGCCGAAUGGAAAAGCUUGGAGGGAGUAGUCCGUUGCCAAGAGGAGCUAAUGUGCUGCCCAAUAUGCCAAGCUACAAAUAUACAGCACUUCAGUCCCGGAGACGCCCUGUGACGAUGGAGGAGAGGAGGAGGACAGAGCUGGGUGCGCGGAACUUAAACACCAAAAAUCCAAGUGUGACAGUUGUCAUGCGAAACUCAAGUGUUUAUUGUCACUUUCUCGUGUCUAUACCAAGCGCAUUUGCUAAGCAGUGGCUUCCAAGGAAACUUGUUAGAGUGACACUCGUGGAUUCAGGGGGUCAGAAAUCGACCGCACGCUGGGCCGGAAAUCGAAAGAAGAGUGCCUGUUUGAAAAGCUUCAGAGAAUUUUCCCUAUCUCAUUGUUUGGAAGAAGGAGAUGCUUUGGUGUUUGAGCUCAUGGAUCCGAAUCCAAACAACCCGGUCUUCCUAGUUCAUGUUUUCCGUGUGGUAGAGCUACCAAGUACUCGAAUGUCGCCCAAAGACUGGGAGACUCAUUAUAAGUUGGAUGUCAUGAUAGGUACGAUGAAACCUGUAGUCCCUCUUCAAGCAUACCAAAGGCGCUAUGAUGGUCAGUCUCGCAUGCUGCAAGCGAACCAGCCAUUAAGUUCAGGUUCUGAGGAUGAACAGGAUGAACCCUCUGGAGUAUCAUUGCAGCCUCCAAUGUUGUCUGAACUUUCUCCAAAAUCCAAAACGAAAGCUAUCUAUUCGGCCCUUGUGAAAAGAAAGACUAUUGGUAACAAGGAAAAUGGAUACUCAGAUCCCGUUCAACAUGACUUAGGAGAGGAUACUUCUAGUACAGUUGAGAAACUGGCUCACACAGCACAAGGGCAGAUUGAAAACUACGCGGAUAAAGCAACCCAUAUUUUCCAAUUAGAGAGGUUGGGGAGGCAGCAAAUUUCCCGUGAUAUUAUGCCUAUCUUUAAAAAAAAUCCCAGAAUUGAUGCAGAUGGGCCUGAAGCAGUGAUUGCUGGUCUCUCUAAUCAAGCAUGUAGGGAGCAAGUAGAGCAUGUUCAUGACAAACCAGAUUCAAAGGCAGGCUUUCAUGCUUCCCAUGUAGCUGACGAUACGAGCCAAAAUGCAAAGAAUGUUAAGCCAAUGGUCCCAAAAACACCCAAGAAGGAGCCACUUGAGGAAGUUGGUCCUCCGAAAGAGGGUAAAAAGACUAGGAGAAAAACUACUCAACGCAGGGAGGGAAGGGAUGACUUCCUUCAAGUGGCAGUUGGAGAAACCUCUAAUUGGGAACCACAGGACUUAAAUCUUAGUCGGCAAGAGAAUAUUGAAAUCAGUGAUGUCCUCAGGAAGACACUGCUUGGGAGUGAACCAAAAAAUGGAGUUUCUCAACCUUUAGUUCCAUCAACGCAUGAACUAGAGCUGCUCCUCGAUUCCAACGCCUCGAGACCAGACCCUCUUUCAAGAACGAAAGAUCUCCAAGAUAACAAGCGUUUUAUUUCAGGAUCAAACUAUCAAGACCAGACAGGCAUGCAUGGAACGGAACACUCAGUUCGAAACCAAAAAGUUUCAAUCGCAGCCGACCAGCAGACUUUGGACAGAGUUGGGGCUGUCGAAAACGAGCAAUGGUUAAAGCCUAAACCAGAGCCCGUGCAUGGUGGGGAUAUCGUUCGAGGGAUGAGAUGCGAAGGUGGCAGCUGCGUUGAAAGUGGACAGCUUGAGGUGCCUCGACCAGGGAAAGAAAAGGGAGGCUUGGUGAAGGUCGAUACUACAACACAGUUCAAGCAGGUAUUCUUCGGUUCUAUUAUUGAUGGGGUGAGAUCGGAAGUGGGAGCUCAUAAUUCCGAUGCAGAAAGGAAAAGACUGUGUCAUGUGGAACAAGGACUGACCCCAAAGACCAGAGAUCGGGUAGACAGAUGGCAAUUCUUGCAGCCUGGGAUGGUCGUCAAUUCAAAUGCAGACAAGAACGUCCAAGCUAGUAAUAAUAAUAAUAACAGGAUAUCCUGGUUCAACCACCCGAGCAUUGUGAGUCAAGCUGGUAAAGCACAGGCAAGUGCGACUUGGGAGAAGAGAAGGGAAAAAUAAUGUAUCUCUUGCAGGAAGCAUUCUCAUUUACGUAGAUUUGAAUGCUCCAUGUGUAUAUAUGAAAGAGUUCUAACCGACAGGAGACUCAUCGUUUCAGAGACCAAGCAUAGUCACUACAGCUCAAUGGCACUUGGCAGGAUCGUGAACUCAUUCAUGUCAGUCAUCCUGAGGUUCAUAUCCCUAUCCAGACGGCCAGAUAGUCAUACAGGUACUGUUGAAACCAUGCCACGAGAUGAGUGAUAUUGCGGAUAACACUGUAAAUUUAUUCAACCAUCUGUUAGAUUUUGUUAUGUAUAAAUUUUAUUCCGAGAGUUUGAAAAGAGAGAUUCAGUUUUGAAUAUUCAAUAACUAAAUUAACUGUA